AACCCGGAACUGUCAAGCUACCGACCGCGAUUUAGCUAACUUAAUUGUCUCUUGACAUUUCUAAAUAUUCAGAGACUAAUGUGACAGGGUAAUUUCAGAAGGAAAUAUGGCUAUAUUUUAUUUAUGUUACAUAUUCUGCUCUAAGCACAGCUGUUUUUUUCUUUUGCAAAUAACCAAUUUGGUUCGUUUGUAUGGCUUAUUUUGAAAGUACUGACUGGAAAUAGUGUCCAGUGAAUAGCUGUCCGGCUUGACACCGUAUACCAGGUUAAUAAUCAUUGUGGCUGAACUGUUAUCAUCUUGCUAGUUGCUCUUUGUCUUAUUGAAAUCCGGUAACACCCGGACGAAGUAUUAUUACGCUAGCUGGCGGAUUGAAUGGAAGGAAGCGAGAUAAGGAACCGAGCCGAUCCGGGCCAGUCCUGGCCAGAUCGAGAUACGAGAGACAGCAGCACUCAAACUGACAGCAGAGUACAAGGUCAUAGCUCCAGGUUAUCAAAGGUAAACAUGUUUACCUUGUUGAGUUUGUGGAUGGAGCUGUUCCCACAGGAGCAACCUGAAGAAGAUGACCACAAUCAGAUCCGUGGGAUGGGUCUGGUGGUGGUGCGGGACAGUAAGGUGGUGGGACUCCACUGUUCAGGACCUGAUCUCCAUGCAGGACAGGCAGCCAUCAUCCAACAUGGCGCCUGCCUGGCUGACUGUCAGUUGUACUUCUCUAGGAGACCCUGCGCUACCUGCCUCAAGAUGAUCAUCAACGCUGGAGUCAGUCAGAUCUCCUUCUGGCCCGGAGACCCUGAGGUCAGCAUGCUGAGGUCCACCUCUACAAACCAUUCAAACUCCCACAGUCCUCCUGACUGCAUCACAGAGGAGGCCGCGCUGGACGCCGUGGCAACAGAGAAGCUGAAGUCCAACAGCUGUCCUCACAUCUGUGUGCUGCUGCAGCCGCUGGCGCCCGGCAUGGCGCAGUUUGUUGACGAGACGUCCAGAGAGUGUGAUUUCAUGGAGAGAGUGACUGGUAAUAAACCAGGGCUGAACACAGAGGAACUCUUCAACAGAGAGCGGACGAGACACCUGAAGGAUUUCUCCAGACAGUUCCUGGUCGAGUCGUCUCGGCAGCACCGGGAGAUUUUGACCCAAAUGGGUCUGGAGAACUUCUGUGUGGAGCCAUACUUCUCCAACCUGAGACACAACAUGAUGGAGCUGGUGGAGGUUCUAGCUGCAGUGGCUGCUGGGGUGCCACAGCAACACUACGGCUUCUACAGGGAACAGCAUUCGACCCCUGAGCCAUUACUAGCCAAGUCCUCCCUGCCUCCUCGUUAUGAGGGACUACCCCAAGAAAUGGCUCGCCAUUGCAUCAUCCAAGCCAGGCUCCUGGCUUAUAGAACAGAGGACCCUAAAGUGGGGGUGGGUGCAGUUAUCUGGGCCAAAGGACAGUCGGCUGGCAGUGAUGGAACUGGGUGUCUGUACCUGGUGGGUUGCGGCUACAACGCUUACCCAGCAGGCUCACAUUACGCCGAGUACCCCCAGAUGGACAACAAACAGGAGGACCGACAGAGACGCAAAUACAGAUACAUUGUCCACGCAGAGCAGAACGCCCUCACCUUUAGGACUCGAGGCAUCAAACCGGAGGAGCCCACCAUGCUGUUUGUAACUAAAUGUCCGUGUGAUGAGUGUAUCCCUCUGAUCAGAGGAGCCGGCAUCACACACAUCUACACCACCGACCAGGACAGGGACAAGGACAAGGGGGACAUUUCCUACCUGAGGUUCAGCAGCCUGAAGAACAUCAGCAAGUUCAUAUGGCAGAGGAGCCCCUCAGUUUGCUCGGCGUCCUCUCCUCACCUUGGCAAUGGUUAUGUUGGGAAGCACAGCAGGCAGGCUGAGCAGGAGAGCCACAGCAACAAGAAGCUGUGCACCAACAGAUCCCACGACUCACCUUCUGUUAGCUGAACAUCAGCAACGGUUGGAUGGAUGGACGGAAAGAUAUAUGGACAUACCAAAAGCAGAAUCCUGUUUUUAGCUCACAUGCCACAGAUUUGAUAUUUUAUGGCUGCAUCAACACAGCUACAGCUGGGAGAAAUCUGAAUAUACGUUGUUUCCUCCCUUUAGAUCAAAUCUGUGCCACACAUAAUUUUACAUUAUUUAUUUGCCCUUUUAUGCAGAGCUGGGAGUGAUUUUGUGAACCAUGUUUUUGGGAGACUGAUCAUUGGUCAGUCUGUAUGUUAUGUAAUCAGGACAUAGACAUAAACAUCUUUCCUGUGUCCCUCUAGACUGUUAAAUCUGCAUCCGCAUGUUUAUGUUUUAUACCAUGCUGAGUGAUAAAACCAAAUUGACACCUAAAAGGCUAUAUAUGAACUACCAGGGGCUGCUUAAAUAGGAAUUGUUAGUGGUGGGUGAUUGGAGGACAGUCCCCCAUAUCCUUUGAGGCUCAAAUCUAAGAAAUGGGAGCCCUCCUUCAGAUAAUUAAUCUGAAACUUACCUAACACUGUAUCUUUUAUAAGUCCAGUCAUUAAGAAGUCAGUGGGGUGGAGAGACGAGAACACGCUGAAAACGAUACAACAUGCUGACCUCAAAGGAAAACAUGGAUGGAUGAAUCAGUGAUGGAUGGAUGGAUCAGUGAUGGAAGAGGUAAGGAACACUAGUGGGUGUUGGACAAUUUGAAAUGAAGAGCAAGACAGGAAAUAGGGAUAACACAAAACAUAAAAAAUAUAUAUAUAUAUAUAUAUUUAUAACAGUAAUAUAAACCAUGAUAUGUGGAUUUGUGAAUAGUUUAAUUUAAAUGGUAUAAGAUGUUGGAUAUAAAGACAUCAUGUAAAGACAGUAUGUAUGUAUGCACAGGUUACCAUGGGUGUAGCCCCUGUUCUCCAGGAUGUUGACUUGAAUAAGGUUUAGUGCAGAUGCUACGCAGCAUCUCUCCGUACAUUUGAAAGGCCGUUGGUGUGAGUUAUAUUACAAUUAUGUUGUUUUUCAUUUGAUUUGAACUGAAGCAACAUGCACUCAGUUUGCAUCUCAAGCUUGAAAGAUCAAAUCUCUUCCAACAUAUUUAUCCUCCUCAGUAUAGACAAAGAGGCACAUCCUCUUUACGAAAGGAAGCAUGAGAUUUAGUUUCAAUAAGACUGAACAUUAUCAGUAACAUUGGGUCAAAUUAGAAGCUACCAGUGGUCUUGACUCUGGUGUCAUUUUUUUUUUAAAUAUAUUUAUCCAUUGUUGAGGAAUUGUUAACUUCCAUCUUUAAUUUUCUGUACAAGAACCUGUUUGAACUUGAAUUGUAUUCCAUUACCUUUUUCUGUUGGUUCAAUAGCACGCUGUUCAAAUGUUUCUGUAACUGAGGUCCAAAUCCUACAGAAAGAAGGUAAAUCUGAGAGAAAAACAUCAUGUGUGUUAUGUUUAACCGUCUUUUAAGGCUGACAAGAUAAUUACGCACAAAAUGAAAAUAAAGUUAUUAAGAAAAUAUAA